CACGUCACGCUUUCGUAUGACUCAGCCUCGAUUUGGCGGUGGAGUUCAAGAUGGCGGUUGAUACCAGGUGAAGAUGAGAAGCUACAACAUAAAGUCUUAAUCAUCACUACCUUAAUCCUCUGGCCAUAUGGCAUCGUCAACUGAUUCCCACUCAAACAGUCAUGCUAAGGAAGGUGCUUUACAAAGCAUGCCUCAGGACAUCCAUGAAGUUAUSCUUGAAAUUGCUCAAGCAAUGGAAGGCAAGAGCAAAGAAGAGUGCCAAGCUUUGUUACAUGCAUUGCAGAGCUCACRGACCCAAACACCUCCAGAAAAGCAGACUACUGACAUUGCCAAAGAUAAGAAUGCCAAACUCAUACCURAUGAAGCUGAACACAAAGGAGAAAGGUUGGAAUCAUUAAACAAAGUGAAUGACGUUCCUUCAUUGGAAGACUCUGGUACUGSCUCAGUAUCUCAUUUUGAUGGUCAGGAUCAAAGUGUCCAUGAAGAUGUCAAAUCAGGCACAAAGGAAAAUAAUGUUGCUACUGAAGGCCAAGAAAAUAAUCACGAAGAUGUUAAUGGGGCAGGAAAAGAAGAAGAAAGCAAAGAUGAGAAAGACAAUGAGAAGAAUGGUGGAACAGCUCAGGGUCACGGAUUGUCUAAUGAAAUUCCAAAUAUUCAGAACCAAAUCCAAGGUGUUUCGACUGAGGAAAGUAAACGUAAAGCUGAUAAAAGAUGUUUAGAGAAGGCAGAUAACAAUCAAAUUCCUUACAUGAAGAGUAUCAUCAAAGAUGAGAAAAAGAUCUCACCAAAGAACAGUCUUACUGUGGAAUACAGAAGUGCAUCAGUUUCAGAUGAAAAUAUAAACAAAUUGGAACCAUCAGGUGUUCGUACAGGCAACAAGCAUGAUGAAGUUGUGGAGUCUUCUGAUGAUGACAUGGCUCCUUCUACACCUGCAUCAGGAGGACGAACAUCAGGAAGUGAUUUAUCUGAAUCCCCCAAUGAAAAGCAGGCAGAUCUGGCAUCAGUAAGGGAUUCUUUCUCUCAUGUAGAAUCAAAAAGACCUGAUCCAUCAAAAGCUCCCUUAACUAUAACAGGUACGUCAUAUUCCCAACCUCAGGUACCAGACAGCUUGAACCAAACCAGCCUCAAUAGUACUUUUGAAAGGACACCCCUGACCAGCAAUUUACACAACAGAAUGCAAGAAAAAAGUCCCCCGACUACAGACAAUUAUUGUUCACCAACCAUCAAAGACCCAGGUGUAAGCAAAACAUUUACAAGAGCGAGACAUUUACCAGCUUCAACCCAAGAAUAUGGCUCUUUGGACAUAGGGCAAUUUUAUUCACUGUCUGGUGCACAGCAUCCAAAACCGAAAAUCAGCCGUGAACCUAUGAAAAAACGGGAUUCUGAAUUACCUGGUUCUGAAGAACUSCAUACAUCAACUGGGAUACCAGCAGGUUUUCAAUAUCCAGGCUUAAAUAGUGCUUUCCAUAGCACAACUCCAGCUAGCAGUUCAGCAGUCAGGACUGGUGUACAAAUUUCAAUGUCAACAACAACAUCAUCAUCUACCAGCAACACUUCCACAGUUAUGGUCAAGCCACAAAACUCCUUAAUAAGCACCAUCAAUACGUUACCUAGCAUGCCUUUGUAUUACCAGCCACAUAUAGUAAUGCAGGAGCAGUUACCCGUUCUUGUGUUACGUCCUGUUUUGGCUCAAGAUCCUGCAUCAAGUUCUCCACAGAUACCAUCUUCAGAUUGCAAAGCAGAACUAACUCUGGAAAGUCUCCCAUUGGUCUUCCCUCUUGGAUCGGCAAAUGAAGUUAAGGGGAACAUCGACGAUCUUCAAGUACAACCGAAACUUGUUAGUGAUGAUGAAGAUGCCGAUCUCUUCAACAAACAUGAAUCUUUUGCUAAUGGAGCAGAGCUAGUUUCUGGUUAUGCUUCUUCUGUUACGGAAUCUGAAAUGGAUGAAGCACCUCUUAGRAAGCCCCCACCUCGUUCAUACAGGGACUCAGCUCGUCCAACAAAACCCCAUACAAUGUACCAACAAAGUCAUGGGCGAAGUUCRAACAAGCCAUUUGACUGGCAGUUUCCAUCCUCGAAUCCCUUUACUGACAAAUAUGAUAACACUCCUACCACAGACAUAUCCGAUUUAAAGCUAUCUAGUUCCAAAGUACCAAUGACCUCAAGUAAAGAAGAUCAGUUCUUGUACUACAAGCAAGGAGCAAGGUCAAAAAUUACUAAUAAGACGAAUCCAUUUGCCCCUGAAAUACCCCCGAGAACUGACAUAGAAGAGCUAUCGAGAAACAACUUUAGGUCAAUACCAAAGAGUAUGUUGGCRACUACAGAGAGCAAGUCAAGAACGUCUGUUGUUCAGCCACAACCAAAAGGAGAAGCCUCUAACACACAUCGUAGACGCUCGUCCAAUGAUUCCAUGAUCACUCUUAUAGAAACAGAGUGUGAAAAAGAACCUUCACUGGAUAUUACUGAAGCUGUAGCGCWUCAGGGAAAUAACAGCGACAAUUCCUACCAAUCUCAAAUUUUUGAACCCUCUUCACGUUCAUUCUUUGAAGAAAAURCCUCUUUUUCGCAACACGACAGCUUAGCAGCACCAGCAACGUAUCCAACAGCCCAAAUCUCUCCUUCAGGUUCAAUCCCAAGAAGCCAAUCAGCAUCCACAAUGACCCAAGAAGAACCUAGGAGGACAAAACCAAAAUUGCCUGGUCACGCRGCACCAUUGUGGAUCCCGGACGAUCAAAUAAACAAAUGCUGUUCCUGUCAUCARAAGUUUACUUUGAUCCGAAGAAAACAUCACUGCCGGGGAUGUGGAAAGAUAUUCUGUAGUACCUGCUGUUCCCAGUUGGCCAGGCUGAGUUACCUACAAUAUCGAAUAGGGCGGGUUUGUGUAUUUUGCACCAACAUUAUCAAAGACGCAAUGAGGGCCAAGAAAGCAAAAGGAUCUCCAAAUGUUUCAGAAAAUACGAAACAAGCUUCUCCAAAAAUCACCGGAAAUCAGAUUACUGGUGGAAGAACCCAAUCUUCCCCUUCACCUUAUACACCACUUUCGUUGUCAAAUUCCAACGUUCCUAAGAUUUCUGGAACUCCUACGCAACCAAKGAAUAGUCAAGGACAUACAAACCUGAACCAGAGUGGUGGAAGUACCAGCCAACCAAAUCCGCAACCACAACCACAUGUCUUUGUACCUAGUACACCCAACUACCAACCUGAUUGCAUCACAUAUACUGACCCAGUGACUGGUCAAUUGGUUAAGGCACCUAUUGUUUAUCAGCCACAGUCCACAUUCCCUGGACAAACAGUAAUUCCUGGACAAACAGUGGUUCCUGGACAAACAGUGGUUCCUGGACAAACAGUUGGUCUGCCUGUAAACACCAUCUCUCAGAACCAAAUGCAGGGUGACCRCAUCCAAUCUGGUKAUCCUCCCAGCCAACACUUAAAGUCCCAGAAUGUUAGUGCAGAGUCAUCAAUUCCUGAGAAGGCAGAAGUCAAGGACUUUAGCCUCCCUUUGCGGCCUGCCGGUAGAAUUGUCAGCUGGAAAAAUGGAAAAGUUUCUAAUCGAUUAAUGUUUCAGGAUAGACGCAAAGCCUUAGCAAAAGAUUUGAAAGAACUGCCGAAUGGUGUGACAAUACAAGUUGCCGAUGAAUUUCAAGUUACCGUCAAGAAAAUCAAAGUUCACAGACCUCCUCUUACACCAUAUCUAGCUUGGUGUUUCUGUAGUAAUGGUUUCAACACUCUAGGCCAUACAGAGAUUGUUAUUCUUUUGGAAUUGAAACAAAAGGAAGACUUGUUUCCUGAAGAAAUGCUGAGGAUAUACAAGGUUAUUCUUGACCUCGUCAAAYUAGGGAACAGCUUCAAUCAUGGCAAUUUCAUAGCUAUGAGGACAAAACCAAAGUCCUGUAUGGUAUUCUUGUAAAGAGACCGGAGUUGGAGAUCAUAAAGCACAUGCCUAUGAGAUUUUUAUUGCGUUUAGGUCAAGAAACCAAAAAUUUUCCAUUUCCAGUGGUCAACUCACGUGACCGAGCAGUGGUUUAUGAUGGUAUCGAUGCAGAGGACAAGUUUUACCAUACAUCGUGUGCUAUGAAUACCUACUUGUGACAGGCCUUGGUUUUCUCAUUCUCCAUCUUGGAGCAAGUAGCAAUGCAAUGAUGAGUCAUGGCGGAGAAGUUGUUGAUGAUGGAGCUGUUGUGUACCUAUCCCAGUUCCACACACAAAAACUACGUCAAAGUCUUUACGAGCAUUCCAACUGUUACUUCUAUUUGGGCGAUAGAUUUGAAGUCGUACACUUCGAACUGCGAUGGCUGCAAAAUCCACAGCAACCCCAGCCGGCACAAACCAGAGUCCUUAAAACCACCCAUGAGCCAUCGAACAAAGAGGAGUUCCCAGGGACAGCGACUAUUGACGUCAGACACUCUGGCCAUACAGGUGAAGUAAAAAAGCUUGCUAGUGCUGGCGUUGGAGAUGCGUUGUUUUUUAUUCGAAGUAUUGAGAAUAGGAUCAAAAUGGUUUGUAUGGAACCACUUAUGAUGCAAGCCAAUAAGAUGAAAGAAGGUGAAGCUAAGAAGCUGAUACUGCGGGUAUCGCUAAAAGAGGGAAUCAAGAAAUGGUCUAUAGGACCCAGUAAUCAACCAAUGAAUCUCAUCAGAUCCCUUCAGAUGGCGCUUCAUGCUGUCACACUAACCGAGCUGCACAAUGCCCGUCUGGAGUUGACUUUUGACGUCACCAUAAUUAAAGAGUGAAUCAUUUGUAAUACGCAUGUGCCUUUAUAAGAAUAGCUAAAAGCAUUUAAAGGUAUAGUAUAYCUAUUAGAUAGAUUCAAUACAUACCAAAAGUACAACUUUUAUAGAAAAUAACAAGUUCUUAAAAGAACGCUAAUAUUAACUUUWUGUAUAACAUCUACAUCUACAUCUACAUUUUAUUGUCAGCAGGAACUAUACAUUAAGUUAUCACGCUAACUAUAACGUAUGAUACUUCAGUAACGUAUAUUAACCUUUCUUGUCAUCCGAAUAGUCUAUAGGGUCCGCUGACUAAAAAGCCUGAGGACUCCAGGCCCGAGGUUGAUCUUAAUGCUUUAUGCCACCAGGCCCAGGUUCCCAGGUAAUCUCAGGGUUCGUGCAAUUUUGUGAACUCCUUAAAAACGUAAUCGGCAAACAUUUAGAAAAGCAUAGCGUUAUCAAUCUUACUACUAGAGAGAACUUAACGAAAACUAAACUUGAAGGCCUCUAAUAUAAUUUAGGCUCAUCUUAUUAGAAUAGCUUGGCCCUAAGGGAAUCUAAUUGAACAYUGAAGAAAGGCGGUUUUUUUUUUACUCUUAUGAACAGCAUUUCAAAAAUUCAUUUUUGAGAACACUAAAUCGUGAACUCAGAUCUUUAGGCACRUUCAUAAUUGCAAUGUUUCAUUAACAACUGAAAAUUGAAAUCCAUUUUCAAGAGCACUUGAAAAGUCUAUGCAAAGUCCUUGGUUUUUGCUGCUGAAAAUUGAUUGCAAAUAAAAUACUCGGCUUGAAAAUUUGGAUACAACUUGUGUACCACUUACUGAAAAACUCCUUGGAGUUGCYUUUUGCACAAACUCUGAUACCCCAUUCACACCCAAGGCUUAAACAUGUUUUAAAGUGGUUUAACUAAACAGGUUUGGAAAACUAUCUACGAACACUGUACAAUAUUUGGUAAAAUAAUGCAUGUAAACUAUCCUUUGUCUUGCUCUGACAAUAUUUUAGAAAGUUUCAUUAUAUUGUAGGUUUCUAGUUUCUCAAUUUUUUCCUAAUGAAAACAUAGUUUAACUAAACACGUUUAGAUGUGAAUGGGGUAUGAAUCUGGGAUCCUAAAGAACGAAAUUCCAAAUAAUCUUGAAUCUAAGAUGAUAAUAUGUGGAUUAAGGCUUCGCCCACUAAUAAUAUUUUCCGGGCGCUCAGCGUUAAUUGACUCUCGUUUUUCAAUCGUUUUCGAGUCGACCACAAAAACCCUUUUGUUCACCGUUCACACUAAAGCAAUGGAACAAUUGAAACUCGAUAAUAUCCACUAUAAGUAUCUUUAUCCAGUUGAUAAGGGCAGCGCGAAAUUGGUUAGGGCUUCAUGUAAGACUACGUGAAAUGGCACUAUUCGUUUAUUAAUUAUUUAUUAUUARUUAUAACACCCUGAAACCCUAACCGACCCAAAAACCCCUAACCUUAAACUUUAUAACGGAUUAGUGCCAUUUCAUGUAGUCUUUUAUAUGAAGUAGUAAGGGCGAAAUUCAGCUCGCGCGUAAAGCGAUCUUGAAUGUCUCGAAGAUAUCCUGAUACCUUAAGAUAUGUUGGCAUGACCAAAUUACGAAAACUACAGUCGAACCUCUAUUAAGCGGUCACCCACGGGACUUAGCCAAGUGACCGCUUAAUAGAGGUUGACCGCUUGAUAGAGGUUUUACUUAUUUAGGCCACAUUUUGUAGAAAAUUAACAAAAGAGUGCAUAAUUGAUCACGAAAUGUACAUUUUAUUCUUAGAAAACAKUAACACUAGAAAAUAGAGCAAUAAAGUGCAAAAUUGCUCACUCAAAAUAUUUUUUUUCGUCGCAAACUGUAGAACAACAUUGCAUGACUACGUACGUACAAUACAGUGGUUUGUUCUUGCUAUAAAAAAUCAUGAUUGGUUUAAGUUACAGUACAGUA